AUGAAGUCUUUUCCUACUCCUUUCUCCUUCCUCCUUCUUGCAGCUGCUCUUGGAUUCCAGGCCCAGAUCAUACAUGCAACAGAGACAAAAGAAGUCCUGGAGGCAAAGGAAGGACUUGAAACUGACGUGCUUCCCCUGGGCUUUGGAGAGUCUUCAGACUGCUGCUUCUUCUAUACCUCAUGGAUCAAGUGUUCAAGAUUUGUAUAUUAUUUUCCAACCAGUGGUAGCUGUCUCAAGCCAGGCAUCAUCUUUGUCACCAAGAAGAGGAACCAGGUCUGUGCCAACCCCAGUGAUCCAAGAGUUCAGGGGUGCAUAAAACGCCUGACGCAAAACCCAAGACCUGGGAACCAAGUCAUUGUUUGA